ACUGGCAGUCACUUCUCGCUAGCUUGCGGGAGAGUAAAGAUGGCGGCCGCGCCUGGUCUCCCGGAUGAUCUUAUAUUACACACAGAGGUGAAUAAAGCCGUAGUUUGUCACGUCGUACGCUCUGUAGACUCACCAUUGUUGUUCUCGCCUCACAAUAACCACUGGGAAGACACUUUGUUAGUGCUGUAGCGGUUAAAGUUUUUUGUUUGUCAAGAAGGUGGCUAUAUAGGCAGGUACUGUACGUUGUAACGCCCGAAUACUGUGUCGCUCGCCUGGGACAGGAAGGGACGAGCUGACGGGGGCUGAUGAGUAGCAUGGGCCCCGUCAAGUUCACUAAAUGGGGUCUCGACGUAACGACGCCCGCGUGGUUAGUCGACGGACUUUACCACGGGACACGACGCUGACAUAAACACUUAUUAUCAGGGUUGGCGUGACUUAUCUCCCCUUGCUCGUCCAGCGGAAGAGGGUUUUUCGGUCGUCGAACAUGAACUGUCACAGUUCAGGAAGCGCUUUCCCUCCCGCCGGGACGUCAGUGACAAGCAGCUGUCCCGCGACAUCGGCCACAACUGUCAGUAGCGCCGGACUAAUGUUGUCCAGGGAGCCGAGCACCGCCAUCAUGGCCCCAACUGUCAUCCAGACUCCUCUCCCCCACUCCCAAGGUGUCAUCGCCUCGACUGCGACCGUGACUCCGGCGUCGGGAGCCACGGUGACUCUGGUUCGGCCUCCCCCCAUGCACACGGCGCAGUCGGGUCCAACUUUAAACGGGAACAAUGGCGAGAAUCCUGCGGCAGUUGUCAAGACCGCACGGCCGUACAAGAUCAAGGUAGAGCCCCCCACCAGAGCGCUGGCUCCAUCGCAGCACGCUGCCACGCCUACUCCUGAUGCCCCUAGAUCUGCCGGUCCAGGUGGGAUCCAAACUUUGACGCAACAGACAUUGCCUCCCAGGCUCCCUGUGACAUCCACCGGUCAGCCCAGUAUACAAAACAUCCAACUCCCCCCUGGGAUGGUGCUUGUGCGCAGCGAGAGUGGACAGUUGUUGAUGAUUCCUCAGCAAGCCCUGGCCCAAAUGCAGGCACAGGCUCAAGGAGGCAUGGUGCCUCGGACUGCGACGCCAACAAAUAUGUCUACAGGCCAGGCUCCUGGAAAUAACAUCAUCAGCAGACAAACAGCUCCUACCACCAUUAUUCGACCGGGCUGUCCAACUCCAUCAGCACUAACUGCCACCACCACACUUCAUAGACCUCCUAUACUUCAGAGUUCAGUGGGGACGGCAGUACCAGGAAUAACCCAAAGGAUUCAAACAGCUGGGACCACAGUUACAUCAGUUACAAUGAGUAAAGAGACAAUGGAGAAUGUAAACAAAUGUCGGAACUUCUUGUCUACACUGAUCAAGCUUACUUGCACUGGCAAGCGAUCAUCCGAGGCUGCUGCCAGUGUGAAACAGCUUGUUAAAGACCUGCUGGAGAAUAAACUGGAAGCCGAGGAAUUCACCAGCAGACUGUAUAAAGAGCUUAACUCCUCACCACAGCCAUACUUAGUGCCUUUCCUUGAGAAAAAUCUUCCUGCCCUAAGACAACUUACCCCAGACUCGACUGCCUUCAUCCAGCAGAGUCAGCUACCCCAGCCAGCAUCUGGUUCUGUCUUGUCCACUUCUCCAAGCCCCACCUCAGUGGUGCCGAGUAGCCAUGCUCCUCGGCUCACAGCCCAAAUCAACAGACCGCAGCUUCAACCAAAUGUUAACAAGCCCGGACAGACACAGUCAGUUGUCCUCCAUCCUCAGCAACAAAGAGCAUUGCUAAGAUCUCAGGUCCCCUUAGCAGUGUCCCCCAUGGUGAGUCUCAGGAAUCAGGCCCCUGGUCGCAUCAUGCUGGGACAGCCACAGGUCCAGCUAAAAGAGCUGCAACAAUAUCCUGUGAAGUCGCAGGUGUCACCUGUUUCAAGGCAAAGCUCGGUUGCAGUCCUGACCCUUGCUCAAAGGAGUCGGCUGAAAGAAGCUGGUAGUACUUUCAAAGAUGACGAUGACAUCAACGAUGUAGCGUCCAUGGCUGGAGUAAACCUAACUGAGGAAAGCGCCAACAUCUUAGCAACCAACUCCGGACAUGUAGGAGUAGUGACACAUUCCUGUAAGGAAGAGGCUUUUCUUUCCUGUGCUGCGUUGCAUAGGAGAAUGCUGGAAAUUGGUCGCAGGUUUGAAAUGACAGACUUCAGUGCAGAUGUUAUCAACUUUGUCUCGCAUGCUACUCAGCACAGACUCCGUGAUCUGAUGGAAAGGGUUUCCUUUGUCGCCCAGCAGAAAAACGGCAAUUUCAAGGAGGACGAUAACCAUGAACAGACCAGUGAUGUUCGUGCCCAACUCAAGUUCUUUGAGCAGCUGGACCAGUUAGAGAAACAGCAAAAAGAAGAGCAGGAGAGAGAGAUUCUUCUGAAGGCAGCUAAGUCCCGAGCUCGUCAAGAAGACCCAGAGCAGCUCCGUCUAAAACAAAAAGCUAAAGAGAUGCAGCAACAGGAGCUGGCUCAGAUGAGACAGAGGGAGGCCAAUAUGACUGCUUUGGCAGCCAUUGGCCCGAGAAAAAAGAAGAAGAUUUUGGACUCGCCUUCUUCCUCUGCUAUAACUGAGGGAUCAUCUUCUUCUCUGUCAAGAGGUGCUGGUUCAUCAGGUUCCAGACCCACACGGCAACGCAUCACACGCGUCAAUCUCAGGGACUUACUCUUCUGUUUGGAGAAUGAGAGGUUUACCAGUAACUCCCAUUUUCUCUACAAGGGCUUUCUCAAAUAAGUUCGAUGACAAGAUGAGAGGAGGGGGGAGUUUGUGAUGAGAGCAACCACUUCCUGUUUGGAGUUGUGGUUUCACAUUGUCAAAUUACGAUCUAUUGAUUCACCUCUCCACUUCCCCCCUAAAGACUCAAUUACUGUUUGAGUAGCAAUGGACUUUGUACAGCAGAGAAAACUGGAUUAUUUUAUUAUUAUUUUAACAUCCAAAAUUAGGUAAGUUUGCACUGUAACUCACUGGUUGAUUUUCAUAUUGUUGGCAUUUGCAUUAGAAUUGGAAGCACUGAACAUCUCCUUUAGUUUUGACAGACACCCAAUAUGCUUUUUUAAAAUUAAAUAAUGAUCUUGUACUUAACUCAAUUAUUAGUACUUUCAAACUGUGAUUUACUGAGUUGCCUUCCUAACUGCAAGCCAUAUUUUUCUGCUGUGUUCCCACAAAGCUCUACCAAUACUUACACCGUAUUUAUUUACUGAUUUGUGCUUGAAUAAAUGUGUAGUUAUUUAUUUAAUUUUGAAUAUACAUCAAAUUUUAAAUAGGGCAUCCACCUGCGGAUGAUGUGUUUGGUAAUUUCUUUUAAUUAUUUGGGUGUGAAGAGUGCUUUUUAUUAUUUCUUUUAAUAUUUGCUAUGUACGGGUAUGUGAAAUAAGUUUUGAUAUCAGCAAUUUAAGAGAGCAUUUUUAGUCAUCGCCUUGAAUCUGAUUGAUAAUACCUUCUUUUUAAAAUCUGACCUCAGUUUGCAAUUUGCAUAGAUCCAGUAUCUUUUACAACCAAUUACUUAAAAAGUUGUCAUGUCUAUUGCCCAUUGUAAGAACUUUACUUUUACAUAUUUUAAUAGCUGAAAGAAUUUACUCAUAUAUUAAAAUAAUGUUUCUCUAUUACACAUUUUGAAUAAAUCAAUAUUUUGCAGUAA